CAUCGCUACACACCCUUAAAAACAUACCAUUUAUUUUCAACAAAACUAAAAUUAUUCACACACAAAGAAGAUCAAUAUGGAGUACUACUCAACAUCAUCGGUUGUUUCAGAACUUGAAGGAACUCUAUUGAAAGAUCCCGAUCCGUUCUCUUAUUUCAUGUUAGUGGCGUUCGAGGCAUCAGGUUUGCUUCGAUUUGCCUCGUUAUUGAUUCUUUGGCCCGUGAUUCGAUUGUUAGACGUGUUAAACAUGGGUGAUGCUGGUCUUAAGCUCAUGAUUUUUGUUUCUACGGUUGGUGUCCGGGCGUCGGAGAUUGAAUCGGUGGCUCGAGCAGUUUUGCCUAAGUUUUAUAUGGAUGAUGUUGAUAUGGAGGGGUGGAGAUGGUUUAGUGGGUGUGAGAGAAGGUUGGUGUUUACUAAGAUGCCAAGAAUUAUGGUGGAGAGGUUUGUGAAGGAGCAUUUGAGAGCUGAUGAGGUUGUUGGGAGUGAACUUGUGGUGAAUCGAUUUGGGUUCGUCACUGGUUUUGUUGAUGGUGAUAUCAACUCUCAUAUCUCGAGUCGAAUCGCCAAGGUGUUCGUUGAUGACAAACCUACUUUAGGGUUGGGAAGGCCUUCUUCAAGCUCAUCCAUUUUAAACCUAAGCAAGGAACAAUUACACCCACCAUUCACGAUGACCACCCAAAAGCAGCAAGACAAUCAAAUCCUCCGUCCACUACCGGUGAUCUUCCACGACGGCCGCCUUGUCAAGCGCCCGACUCCCUCCACCGCACUCCUAAUCCUUCUAUGGAUGCCAUUAGGGAUCUUACUCGCCUUUGUCCGCAUAUUUAUCGGCCUCAUACUCCCAAUGUCAGCUAUACCCUACGUCCCCUGUAUUUUCGGAAGCAAAAUCAUCGUAAAAGGCAAACCACCACCGCCCGCCACCAAUGGCAAUAGCGGCGUCCUCUUUGUUUGCACCCACCGGACACUAAUGGACCCGGUGAUCUUAUCCACCAUGCUCCAACGCAAAAUCCCAGCCGUUACAUACUCCAUUUCUCGAUUAUCCGAAAUCCUAUCCCCAAUCCCUACCGUCCGAUUGACGAGAAUCCGCCACGUGGAUUCAGAGAAGAUCAAAUGCAAGCUCUCCAAGGGUGAUCUAGUUGUUUGUCCUGAGGGAACAACAUGUAGAGAGCCGUUUUUGUUAAGGUUCAGUGCACUUUUCGCAGAAUUAACUGACCGGAUCGUUCCGGUCGCCAUGAAUUGUAGAGCAGGGUUUUUCCAUGCAACUACGGCCAGGGGUUGGAAAGGUUUGGACCCAAUCUUCUUCUUUAUGAACCCUAGACCGGUCUAUGAGGUCACGUUCUUGAACCAGUUGCCGGUGGAGGCGACUUGCUCAGCCGGCAAGAGUCCACAUGAUGUUGCAAAUUAUGUACAGAGAAUCUUGGCCGCCACGUUAGGGUUCGAGUGCACAAACUUUACAAGAAAGGAUAAGUAUAGAGUGCUGGCUGGAAAUGAUGGAACGGUGUCGUAUACUUCAUUUGUUGAUCAGGUUAAGAAGGUGGUGAGCACUAUCAAUAAGAUUUGGUGAGUUUAUUGUAUUUUGGGUUUCUCGUAAAUUAGUUGGGUUUGAUUUGAUUUUUUCUUUUGCAUAAUUUUUAUUUCCGAAAUUGUUGAAUAAUGUAAAGGAUGGCUAAUUUAAAAUCUGGGCCAUUGAAUUGGUCAAAAUUUGUGAUGAUACCAAUUUUAUGAUUAAACCAGAAUAAAUGUUUUAUUUUAU